GAUCCAACAUGUUGGGAUGAUGUUUUAAUACCAGGUCAAAUAUCAGGUGUAUGUCAGUCUGAGAACUGCAAUGGAACUGUAGCUGAAUUUUAUUUUAAAUGUGCCAAACAUAUUGCAUUACCAGAUGAAUGGGCAAUUCCAUUAUAUCUUAUAAAAAAUAAUUUUAAGCACAUACCAUGUAUUGCUUGUACUGGUAUAAGUGAAGUGAUAUUAGUAUUUCCAUGUGCAGAUGGCCAUGUUAUUUGUAUAGAAUGCUUUAGACUAUAUUGUAUCUCGCGUUUAAAUGAGAGAAGAUUUAUUCAAAAUGAAGCAGUUGGUUACACAAUUGAUUGUCCUGCCGGUUGCACAGAUUCUCUUAUUAAAGAACCACACCACUUCAGGUUGCUUGGGGAUGAACAGUAUUCAAGGUAUCAAAGAUUUGGUGCAGAGGAAUAUCUUCUUCAAGCAGGAGGUGUUCUGUGCCCACAACCAGGAUGUGGGGCUGGUCUUUUGCCAGAUCCUGAAUGUCGUCGUGUAGUAUGUGUUCAAGAUGGUGGUGGGGGAUGUGGUUUUGUGUUCUGCAGACAAUGCAUGCAAGGAUUUCAUAUUGGACCUUGUGAAGCUCAAGAGCCUUCAGGAAUCACAGAUGGAAUGAACUAUGCGAUUAUUGAUGAAAGAGCAUCUAGCUCCAAGUGGGAUGAAGAUAGUAAAAAAAUUAUAAAAAUUACUACAAAGCCUUGUCCCAAGUGCAGGACCCCAACAGAAAGAGAUGGUGGAUGUAUGCAUAUGGUUUGUACUCGAUCACAGUGUGGAUAUCAUUGGUGUUGGAUAUGUCAAGAAGAAUGGACACGAGACUGUAUGGGAAAUCAUUGGUUUGGCUGAUGAAGAAGCCUUUUAUUUUAGUUUUAUAGUUGUCAAAUUUUUCUAACAUCAAAAUAAUCUUGCAUCUCUCUUAAAAUUAUAUUGUGCUGAAGCAUUUUUAAGUUUCAUAUAGGUGGUCUGAAGUUACCAUUUGUUUUUUUAAGUACAAAAUGGGAUCAAAAUUGUUCCUUUUUCUUGAGUGUCAUAUAUUAAAUAUCAGUUAUGUUUGCAAGUCAUCUGUGAUAUUAAAAUAUGCAUAAAAAUAUGACAAUUAUAUAGAUGGAUCUGUGAUACUCAUCUCUGUUUUACAAGAGUCUUAGCUAAUAAAGGAUUGUUUUUUUAUUAA